AUGGCACCUGCAAUCAAGAACGUUGCGCUCGCCGGAGCUGGCGGAAAUCUGGGCCCGUCUCUCCUGAAGGCCCUCAUGGACUCCAACAAGUUCAACAUCACGAUCCUGACCCGCAAAGCCGGCACCCACACGUUUCCCUCGGGCGUGACAGUCAAGGAGGUCGAUUACGAGUCUCUCGACUCCCUGACCCAGGCCCUGCAGGGCCAAGACGCCCUUGUCAACUCCACAAGCAGCUUCGACCCCAAGGUCGCCACGCGCGUCGUCGACGCCGCCAUCGCGGCCGGAGUGUACCGCUACAUCCCGCCGGACUUCGGCAUCGACCCCAAGAGAGCCCACGUCCCGGAGCUCCCCGUCUUCGGCAUCAAGGGAAUGACGAACAAGUACCUGCAGGCGAAGGGCGAGGAGUCCGGCGGAAAGUUCACGUGGACCAUCAUCACCAACGGGCCCUUCCUCGACUGGGGCAUCAGAUCGGCCUUCAUGGGCGUCGACCCGAAGCAGAAGAAGAUUACGUACUUCAACGACGGGGAGAACGUCGUGCCGUACACGAACCUCGCGGACGUCGGCCAGGCCGUCGUCGGCGUGCUGCAGCAUCCCGACGAGACGGCAAACAGGCCCGUCUACGUCCACAACACGAACAAGUCGCAGAAGCAGCUCGCAGCGCUCGCCAAGGAGGCCAUCGGCGGAUCGUGGGAGGAGACCACGAGCGACUUCGACGCCAUCUAUGCCAACUGCAUAGAUUCCAUCAAGAAGGGCAUCAUGACGCCAGAGGUCAUGUACCCGCAGAUCCUGUACGCCUGCUCCAAGAAGCAGUAUGCUCAGCCGUGGGAGAAGAGCGACAAUGCGCUGUUGGGGAUCAAGGAGUGGAGCGAUGAUGAGCUGAAGGGGCUGUACAAGUCAAUUGCCGCGGAGUAA